CCUAUGGUGUUUCUAGGGUAAGGUGAAGAUGACGCUGGAGAUUCUGUCAGAGAAGGAAGCCUUAAUCAAGCCAGCAGGGCGAGGCCAAUCAGAACCCAACCAAUACCCUACACUUCAUCCUCCCCUACGCCCCAACACCUUGUUCAUGUUGCGGUCACCUGUGACAAUCUUCUGCCGCGUUGUCUGGAAACGCUACCACUUCAAAAUCAUAAUCGGUGCAAUCGUAUUCUUUAUAGUACUUAUGCUGUUCAACUUUAUCUAUUCGGCACCGAACUACUUGGCCAUGAGCUGGAUCAAACCUAAACUUCGGCUGAAUGCUCCCAUCAAAAUAUCUGCCAAUGUCAUGAAUCCCCCAACCAGCAGCAGUCCUCACUCUUCCAACCUCACCAGCCAGCAUCAGAACCUAAGUUCUACAAUAGACCACGAGUUGAAACUCCUCCAGGAACCUAUGAAUCGCCUGCAAGACAUUUUUCCAGAACUUCCAGCCCCACAAGACUAAUUGGUCCAUGUCUGCCUGGCUUUUCUCCAGCCCAUCAUCAGCCCUACCCUCGCACUUCCUACUAGUUCUCGUUUCUAUCUUCUAGGACGUAGACAGGGGGCUUCGGGGACAUAUGCAAUGAGGGGCAUGUUCUGUUCAGAAGCCACUUCCAACAAGGACAGAGCUGUUGUUGUCAUUUUCCCACUGAAGUAAACAAAUUUUGUCACAGAGAACCACCUUGU